AUGACCUACGUAGCGAUAGUUUUCGGACUUAUAGUAGUUUCAAUAUAUGCCGUUGUAUCCAUUCCUGAAGGAUGUCGCUAUGUUUUUGACCCAGGAUAUUUUCAAUGGAGACGUGAAGAUGAUGAAUGCGCAGCAAAUAUUAAUGAGAUCGUAAUGUUCGCCAUAUUAACAGACAGAGUGAUUUCUAAUACUUUCAAUGCUGGCACUGCGGUACGUCUUGUGAUGAGUAAGGUGGCGGGAAUGUCUCAACAAGAUUCGUCAAGAAGAAGAAAACGAUGGAUGAUUAUGUUUGUUCAGGGUGUUUUACAAGACUGUCUCCAUAUAGUGGAUAUUUUGACUUCAAGAUAUAUUUAUAAGUUAAGCGACGAACUUUCAGUAUUUAUUCCGAUUGUUUUUAAAAUUUAUAUAAUUCCCUCAUUUUCAUCUUCACUAAAAUCAGUUUCAAUAUUUUUUAAAUCUUAUUACAUCGCAUACAUAUCAAAAAUGGAGACCGAGUAUCCAGCUCAGAAAAAUAUGAACUUUAGUUUCUAUAUUUUUUCUUUGGCAAUGAUUUUUGCAAUAAGUUCAAUUGGGCUCGUUUGCAACUUCUAUUUUACAAUAAAAUUUAUAUUUCGAAAACCCCACUCCAAUGGUUUUCAAAGAAUUUGCACCGUCAAAACUAUGAAUAACUGUAUAAUCUGCAGUACAUUUUUGUUUUGGGUGCUGCCUGUAACUUUGCUUCAAUUCACAUAUUCGGAACUUAAUUAUCCUGCAAAUAGGAUAAUUAGUGGUAUGGCUGCAUUGUGGGCUUAUGUUUUGAAUUCACUUCUUCAAGUAUGUCUAGCUUGUAAUCGUCUUUACGGUUUGUAUUUUCCACUUGGAAUAGCAAUCUGGAAAACAGUACCGAUGGCAAAUAUGGCGAUUGCGAUUUCAGUAACAUUAACCAGUAUGUUAUCAUUUGUUAGUAUUCCAGUUGGAUGCGGUUACAUCUACGACCCAAAUCUGUUCGUAUGGAGAACAGAAUUUCAUGACUGCUCCAAGCGGUUAGCGGUGAUUUUUCCAUUCGUCAUCCUAGGCACAACAAUUGCAACAAACGCCUUCAACGUGGCAAUCGGAACCCGACUUCUGGCAAUGAAACUGAUUGGAGUCAAAGAGGAAGAAGCGAAAGAAAGACGAAGAAGAUGGAUGGUUAUGUUCAUACAAUGCGUCUUGCAAGAUUGCUUACAAUUAUUCGAUACUAUAAACUCAUACUACAUAGUUCUUCUUUCUGAGAAAGUAUGGUUUCAAUUUCUAUUCGUCACUCUUUCUCUCGUUUUUAUUGCAACCAUGGAUGGUGUCGUCAUGUUGGCUUGCAACUCUGAUAUUCACCCGGAAUUCGUCAAAAACUGGAAAAUCAAAAAGAAGCAAAGAAGAAAUACAUUGGUUCUCGUUACCACUAGUGGUCAUUCCAUAAAUUAA